UCGUAUCCCCACAGCUUUCCAACACGGGCCCUGGCCGCGCGCGCACACACACAUCCAGCUGCAUCCCACCCAAACCCCCCACUAUACUCCGGCGGUCGCCGGAACCGGAGACACAAGGCAGCAGCUGGUGUCGGCUGCGAAUCCUCUUUCCGCUGCCAUGUACAGUUCCUACUCCGCCGCCGCCUUCGCGCUGAGGGCCGCGAAGCCAUCCUUGCACGCCCAUUCCUCCCCCUCCUACACCUACUUCUACUACCCACCUUCCCCCCUCUGCCAUCGCGACGACGCCGACGAGCACCGCCACCGCCACCACAACGAGCUCAUCCCGCAGAGCCCGUACCUCGCCCCACGCUUCUUGCUCGACGGCUGCCUGCUCCGCCACUCGGCCCACCUCCUGCUCCUUUCCGCGCGGCUCCGGCCCCCACCGCCGCCGCCGCACCCGUAUGCACCUCGAUGCUGCCGCCGGCGAGCUUCCAUACGAUGUUGCCGCGACGGCGGUGGUGGAAGGCAGAUGGCGGGACAUGUCUGUUGUCAGGUGGAGGCGCGCGGGUGCCGUUGCUGUGGGAGUGGCGCUGGGAGGCCGGAUCUUAGGGCGGUCCGCCGGCGAUUGAAAGCGCCUGAGUGCCGUUGCGCCAGCUCCGGGGGUGGGACCUUGCUUGGAGCUGGUUGCGUACGGCGAGAUGUGCCGAGGUUGGUGGGGAGGGCGAUGCGGCAGGAGGUGUGGGAGUAUGAGGGCGGCCAGUGGCUGCACGGAAGGUCUUCGAUGGAAUGCCUUCAUGAUUGGGAGGAGGAAGACGAGGUUUUCGGUUAUGGUCAAGUGGAGGUAGGUGGGAUGCGUUUCAGUAGGAGAUGGGAAGAUGAUGAUGUUGAUCAUGGGGAUGGUCAUUCUAGGGUUUGCUAUCGGAGGAAGGGCCUAGAAAGCUAUUACCGUGGUGAGGAUGUGUGCAGUGGCCGGCAUAGAGAGAGGAGCGAUCUAGAUGAGUGCCGUCAUGGUUUCACAGAUUCUGACUGGAGGCGGCGGCAGCGAAGUGAGUACUAUGAUGAUGAGGAUGAUCUUGACUUGGGGCGGCGAAGGCAGAGAUGGGAAGGGAGGGGUACAAGGAAUUUUGUAUCCAAUGAUGCAAUUGACUCAAGGAGGGUUGAAACUAAAAGGUACUGUGAUGAUGACAGGGAAUAUAACCACACAAGAGAAAGGAGGAAUUUUAACUCUGAUGAUGUAGCUGAUGUCAGGAGGGCUGAUCGGUAUACAGAGGAUCUAGGAGGAUUUGAUCAGAGAAGAGAGAGUAGGAAUUUUGAGAAUGAUGAUAAGGUGAGGAGAGAAGGCAGGCGCCAUGACAAUGACAACAGAUAUGUUUCACGGCACCAGAGAAGAAGUGAAGAUACAGAUGGAGAGGAUGUUUCAGUCUUGAGAUCACAUCAUUGGAAUGACAAAGAGAUUGACUACGAUGAGCAAGAUCUUGCUGACCGAAGGUACUACUCUGGGGUGAGAUCUCAAAGGUCUGCAGGAGCAUCUUCAUUGCAUGAGGAUGAUUCAAAGAGGGCUUCAAAUUUUAGGAGCACAUUCGAUGCUAGACAUACAGGGCAGAAGGGGAAUGCAGCCUCAAGUGUGAGGUGGCAUGACAAUGUAGGUCGACGAACUGAGCGGAUAUCUGAAGAGAGGGACCGACGACGUUCAGCUGGUUGGUCAAAUGAUGAGAGAGAUAGUUAUGAUUAUGAUGAUGCGCAGUUUGUGAGAGUAAGAGAUUCUAGGAUAGGAAGACAAGAUGACAAGUUUAUAACUGAGGAUGAUACUAGGUUUACAUCCAGUUCAAAGAACACAUCUAUUUUAAAGCAUGGUAGCAGUGCUGCUCAGCAAGCUGCAGUACAUAAGGAUGGUUCAAGAAAGAGCUCACAGAAGAUAAUGGAGAUAUCAGAAGUCCAAGAUAAUAGCACUGAACAAGAUUCAAGAGCACAGCGCUAUCAUCAGGAAGAUAGAGAAAAAUACACUAAGAAUACGCCAUCUUCUGUUCAAAAUUCUGUGAAGAUGGCUAGUGACAGUAGAAGACAAGUUGAUCAGCAUAAUGAGGUGAAUCAGAACUUGGUCUCAGUCACUGAUUCAAGGAAAAACUCAGAGAACCUCAAUGUAACAACUGAUAACGGUCGCAAUGUCAGCAGGGCCUCUCACUCAGUGAGAAAUUAUAAUGAGAUAAACCAGAUGGAUAUUGAUGACAGUUCUACUUCCUUACAGAAUAUAACUCAUGUUACAAGAGAUAAGAAGAGGAUUGUAAACCAACAAGUGAUACAUGAAACAGAUAUAGACAUGCAGAAUAUUACACAUGUUGAUAUUUCGAAGAUCCAUGCUAGUGAUACUUCCACGUCUAGGAAUUCACAAAGUCACUUGGAAACUAGAUCAGACAUGAACUCAUCUUCCAGUACGGAUUUCAUUAGUAGAACAAGAAGCCAGGAAAAAGAAGGGUACCAAAAUAAGAUCUCUGCUAAUGAUAGUGCCAUGGUUAGGGGUUCACAAAGUCAUGUUGAGACUGGAUUGUAUGAUCCAUUUCACUCAAAGCCAUCGACUAAUAUUGCUGAAAACAAAAGGGAAAGUCAAGAACAAGCUGAACUUAAUACUGCCAAUGCUAGUAAUGCUGUUGUAGCUAGCACUUCAGGCAGUCAUCUCCAAACCAGAAUUAGUGACCCAUUUCAAUCACCUUCUGCUGUAGCAAUUGGCAGUAUGAAAGAUCAAAUUGAUUUUUCUAAGAUCCAUGCUAGUGAUGCUACAGUUAGCAGUUCACAAGGUCCUGUGACUAGAAAUGGCAAUCAAGUUCAUAAGGCAUCAACUGUACAUUGGUCAAGGGAGAGAAAAGGCAAGAAUGGUCAGCAAAUUACACAAGUUUGUAAUACAGAACAAGAUGAUGAAGCAAGAAGUAUUUUUCGUGAAUCCUCUCAGGAUACACAUCAUAACAUGGAUUUGAUCUGGCAGCAGGCAGACACCAGCAGGAUCUCUGAGGACAAAAACAUUACUGGUUUGCUCAUAGAAAGCACCGAAAAGGCAUCAUCUAUGACUAAUGUGGAUAUGGGACAACAAACAGCAACUAUGGGAAUCUAUGGCCAAGAAAUAAGGAGUGAGACUACUGCAGGAACUAGUUUACCAAGUGGUUCAAGUGCCAAGGAAAGCAUGCUAGAAUCAGCUGCUCGAUUAGAGAAAUCAUCUACCUUUCCUGUUGGACGGUUUGUUGAUGAGCUCCAAAAGGGAGUCUCAGAUGCAGACGCUACUUCAACAAAGAAAAAUGAGAAGUCCAUAGUGGAAGGUAUAGCAAGCUCGUUGUCAAGGUCUAGAACAAAAGGACCCGCAGAUGAAAUGUGGGAUGUUCAGAGUACUACUUCUCAAGAGACCUUCAAGACGGCCAACAAGGAGGAAAGUUCGUCAGCUGAUGGAGCUACUAAUUCUGCCUCUCAGACACCCAACAAUGAAUCUGCUCUUGCUAGGAAAGUUCACAAGUCACUCUGGGCUUAUGUUGCUGAUAUAAUCCGUCUUGGAUUUAUUCAACGUGGUGACUCCAAUGACUCUAGUCACAAAUCAGUUAAGAAAAGUUCAUCUAAUAAUUCUCAGAGCACAGAGGGUUGGCUUUCUAGUCAGGAACAUGAUAAUGAUGGCACAAAGAAGAAAAAUGCCAGUACCAAAGCAAAACAUCAGCAGUUGAUAAAGUUGCAUGGUGGUGAACAAGAAUCUGGAGUGGCUUCAAUGUCAAAUGAGGAAUAUUUGCUUACUGGUACACAUGGUUUGCGAAUAUCAGAAACUAUUAUUGAACCUCAAGUAGGUAGAUCUGAGGGAGACUUGUUGCCUACAAGUUCUAUGGAUGAUCUACAUAUAUCAGGGGAGAGAAUAAAACAAUCUGAUAUUGGUGAAUUACCGAAAAGAAAUAGCAUAGAUGAUAGCACUCCAACUUUGCUAGAUAUCACAAUAGGACAUUUACCCGAACACAAAACUGCUACUUCCAGGAUCACAACAGAGGGUUCUGGUGAGGUUUUUACUGGGAAAGGAAUGUUGGCUGGCAGCUCUUCUGUGACCAUCAGUGAAAUGGAAGCUGGUCACAGUGGUGAUGGAGCUGAUUGGAUAUAUGAUCCUUCAGGUGCUAUUACUCCUUAUCAUGAUCCUCAAAUGCAAGCAGUUAGGCCACAUGAGAAUACCUCAACUGGUAUCCUUGGACCACCAGUGUUACCCGUGGGAGUUUCUAAAAGGUUUGAAGAGAAGAAUGUCGUGCAAGAGGCCCCGCAAAUUAUUAAAACAGGAGGGAAAGAUACGGAAUUGAAAAGGAGAAUGUUUCAAAGAAAUAAACAGGUAUUGAAGGAUACAUUUGAUGAAUGGGAGGAAGCAUACCAGCGUGAUGCUGAGCAGAGAAAGGUUGAUGAGUUAUUCAUGAGGGAAGCUUUACUUGAAGCCCAGAGAGCUGCAGAUAUUUGGGAGGUACCCGUUGGAGCAGUGCUAGUACAGAAUGGCGAAAUUAUUGCUCGUGGUUGUAAUCUAGUUGAAGAUCUCAGGGAUUCAACUGCGCAUGCUGAAAUUGUUUGUAUAAGAGAGGCUUCUAACAAACUCAAGACAUGGCGCUUAGCGGAUACAACGCUUUAUGUGACUUUGGAACCUUGUGCCAUGUGUGCUGGCGCUAUUCUUCAAGCUAGAAUCGAUACUGUGGUUUGGGGUGCCCCAAAUAAGCUUCUGGGAGCCGAUGGCAGCUGGGUUAGGCUGUUCCCUGGGGAUGGACAAACAAACACUCUGGAUUCAACAAACCAGAGCAAGGCCGCAGGGCCUGUCCACCCUUUCCACCCGAAGAUAACCAUCAGGCGUGGUGUGCUGUCGACCGAGUGCUCAGAGAUAAUGCAGCAGUUCUUCCAGCUGAGGAGGAAGAAGCCACAGUCACCACCCCAGGCGCACCGCCAUGGGCACCACCAUCCUGUCAAGUUUUUCAGCAAGAUGCACCACAUGUUUGGCACGAUAUUCUGUUUAUAGCUUUGCCUCUCUUUUUUUGGCUUCCUAACUUUCGUAUUAUGAAAGUGUGAAAAUGCAUUUCUUUCUGCAUUAGCGUUUUCUACCGAGAGGUGGCAGGUACCAGUACCAGUUUGUACUGUGAGCAGGGAUGAAAACGGUACGGAUAUUUUCCGACCGUAUUCGAGACCGAAUUUGUUUAAAGGGGUUCAGAUCUGUCAGUAUUCAACAUCCGAUACUGUAUCCGUAUUCGAAUACUUAAAUCGUAUAUUUAUGAUGUCGAUGUCUAA